UAAUGAAGUGAUACAAACAAAUCAGUCAACUAACGACCAGCGUCAGAAGUGUUCAAAUAACAAACAAAACUAAAUAAAUAUUACCACUUUUAUUGCAUUUGAGUGUAAUCAAUAAUUUAGAAGUCAUGUCUCGUGUGUACUUAUGUAUUUUGCUCUUAACUUUUGCUUUGGGAUUAGAAGGAAAGUCAAAAAAACUUGCCUCUCCGCCGCAUUGUACUCAAGUUACUAAAGACACAGAUUAUGCAAACAGAUUUAAGAUGACGUAUCCUGUGGUAUACAUUAUACCCGGACAACGGGAGGCAUAUCAACAAAUGUUCUGUAUUAACCCAUCAGAGGUGAACAAAGCAGUGACCACAGUAUGCGACUGGGCAGCACCCCCACAAGUACAGUUCACCUUGGGUGAUGAAUACAUGCACGUUGUACGCGUGGACCCAACGGGGCGUUACCAGGGCAACGCCGUCAUCACCACCUACCAGCUCUGUAGCCACAACAUCCAACAUGACAUGCUCAACGUUACCAUGGCACCUCGUGUGGUUGAAAUUGAAUAUUAA